AUGAAUCUGUUCAUUUCAAACCUCGACGCGAGAUUCCCCAAAGAGGAAUUGGAAGAUUCCCUGUCUCCUACUCUCCGCGAACUUCAGAUCCAUGUCUUCGAUAUUCGAAAAGCAGUCAGCAAGACCUUUGCUAUACUCACAAUUGCAGAUUCAUCAAAGGCUCAAAAGUUGCUGGUUCUGGCUGGCAAGAAUCCAGCUCUCCUCUCCUCUCCCUCCGGAAAGCAUGCAUUGUUCCGGAUAAGCCGCUACCCCAUUGAUCCUUACUUGUUGCGUGCACUACGCAAAGAAGAGAAGGACCGCCAGAACCCCCAAGCAUGGCAGAAGUCUUCGAAGCGGUCUGCGGAAGCCCAGCACAGCCAAAAGGAGGCAGGGCUGAAGAUCACAGCACUACAGUGUGGGCGCUGGGAGACUAUAACCGGGAAGACUGUCUUCGUACCCUACUUCGAGCUGCAAACAGACGGCAGCCUGACAAGAGAUGGACCUGCGCUGGUUGCCCGCAUGAACACCUCUGCUUCCAAGUUCCACGAUCUUGUCAUGGAUCUAUCCAGCAUCUUGGCUUUUGCUAUACCGAGUCAGGGUGCCUCCAAUGCUUUGAUGAUCACUCUGACGCUUGCGCCAAAGAUCUAUGAGGAUGAGAAGCCUGAUUCUAGCAACCCGUUGCUUGAAAUGUUCGAGGGCAUGUCCCUGGGUCCGGCCCCAGUGAGGAGAUUCCGUGAUACCAAAUUACCCGGUGUGGAUCCUGUAAUUGUUAGCAGCUGCUUGACAUACAGCAUACUUGUCGCUUCAGGGGUUGUCGACCUGGAGCGUCGCAUCAAAUUACUGACAUCUCACCGAAUCCCCGUCACGAGAGUGCCUCCCCUAUCUACUAGUCCCCGAAUUGGAAACUUCAAGGAACAACUCUUGAAGCUCAACUCACAGAUUGUGAGAUUGAACUGUUCCUUUGCAUGGAGAUUUCAGAUACAUGCACUUUGGGCCAAUGGCCUUUUGUCUCCCGCCGAGGUGGAACAUCUGCUGCCUACCAUGAGUGGCCUGCGAACUCGGUCAGGCGAAGCAACCCUCAUUGCAGUCUUACGAAGACUGAAUCUGCAACUACCUCCUAAUGAUGCCGCCACGGAUCCUCAGACGGGUGGUGUGAAGGGUGCCCUGAACGCCAUAACCGAGCAAGCACACCUUCUGUUCGAAGAUGGUGGCGCGCAGACGCCGACACGAGAUGAGGUCUUAGUUCACCGUGUCACAGUUACCCCAACUGGCAUCUAUCUCGAUGGCCCAGAGUAUAUCGCGGCAAAUAGAGUCUUGCGACAGUACCGUGCACAUUCAGACUGCUUUCUUCGAGUCCUUUUCUCCGACGAGAAUGAGAUGCGAAUGGGGUUUGAUCGAGAUUGUUCCAACGAACGAGUCCUCCGCGGUCGAUUUCUGUCAAUUCUAAGCGCUGGCUUGAACAUUGCAAACGAACAUUUUGACUUCCUCGGGUUUUCACAUUCGUCUUUACGGUCACAGACAUGCUGGUUCAUGCGACCUUUUGUUCACGACGGGAGUUUGUUAUUAGCCAAAGCAGUCAUCAGCCAGCUUGGUGAAUUCAGCGGCAUUAGAUGUGCGGCAAAAUGUGCAGCACGGAUUGGUCAGGCGUUCUCGGAGACUACGUCCGCCGUCCUGGUGGAUCCGAGCAUUGUCCAAGUAUACUCCGAUGUCAAGGUUGGAGAUUACAUGAUGACUGACGGCUGUGGCACGAUUUCCAAGUCGACGUGGACACGCCUCAGGGGCAGUACACAGUCUGAGGACCAGCCCACCUCAUACCAGAUCCGCUAUAAAGGAGCCAAAGGAAUGCUGACACUGGAUACCCGGCUCCGAGGAGAACAAAUCCGACUGCGAGAGUCGAUGGUAAAGUUCAUUGGCAGUCCAUCCAACGAGCUUGAAAUCUGUGGUACCAAUCGCCGACCCCUUCCGUUCAAGCUAAACCGGCAACUUAUCAAGAUCCUUGAGGACUUUGGGGUCUCGGCCUCCGUGUUUGAGAAAUUACAAGAGGAUGAUAUCCAACGACUGCGCCUGAGCGCAUCCUCACGAUCCGUCGCGGUCAAUUUUCUCAUCAAACGAUUAUCCGACAGUAGCAAUGGCUUACCCACCCUUCUCAGGCACCUCGAACACAUUGGGAUUGAUGCCACCGAGGACAGCUUCGUGCGAGAAGUACUCGGGGCGUUGUUGCAGGUCCAACUCCGAGAGAUCAAGUACCGAAGUCGCAUUCUGGUUCCGGGUGCGCUCACUCUCUACGGCAUUAGCGACGAGACCGGUUGGCUGAAGGAAGGCGAGGUCUUUGUCACUUUCGUCGAGGAGGAGAGCCGGAAGCAUUCCUGUCUGAAUGGCCGUGUCGCGGUGACUCGAUCUCCUGCUCUCCACCCCGGGGACGUGCAGGUUGUUCAAGCUGUCGCACCGCUGCCGAGCUCGGCUCUCUGGGAUCUCCGCAACUGCGUCGUGUUCAGCCAGCAGGGUUCUCGUGACCUACCCAGCAUGUUGAGCGGCGGCGAUCUCGAUGGCGAUCUCUACAACAUCAUCUACGACGAGAAGCUCAUACCGCAGCAACAGGCGGAUCCUGCAGCUUACCUACCCGUACAGCCUCCUGACAUUGGUCGCCCGGUCACUGUGGAUGAUAUGGCCAACUUCUUCGUGGACUUUAUGCAAAAUGACCAGCUGGGUAGGAUUGCCACUCUCCAUCAAGUGUUUGCCGACCGUGACGGCACCUUUUCAGCCAACUGUCUCCUGCUCGCGGCACUGCACUCAACUGCCGUGGAUUUUUCCAAGACUGGCGUCCCGGUCGAUAGCAAAAAGAUCCCGAGAGGCCCUUCUUGCAGACCUGACUUCAUGGCGCCAAGCGCAAGCACCAAGGUAGAGAAAGGUAUCAAGAGAGCUGAAGAGAUGGCCUCCACGGAUAAUACUGGACAAUUCCGCUAUUUUGAGUCCGAGCGAAUCCUCGGCCGCCUUUAUCGCGCUGUGGAUGAGAACACAUUCUUUCAGGAUCUCGAGGACGAUACUUCGUCUCUAUUCAGCAAGAUGGCUGACGAUAACGUGCUGCAAGACAUCCUGGACUGGGUGCGGUCAUACGUCAACCACUCGCGCAUUGAGUCUUACUAUACAAUUGCCAGGACAGUCCGAGAUUACUACGAGUCGAAUCUGCUGGACAUCAUGUCCCUCUAUGCGGGGCGCCGGACCGAGCAACUCACCGAGAAAGAAGUGCUCAUCGGCACCAUCAUGGGCCGUUCUGGGGCGGGAAACAGAUAUCAGCGAGAACAGUCGGACGACAUGAAGGCCCGGUUCAAUCGCGACCUUCGAGAUAUCAAAGCUUGGAUGAUCAACCACCCUGCCGUUGUCGGUAAUAUUGAUGGUGAUGAUGAUGAUGACAAUGACCAUGAUGACGGUUUUGUGAGCCUGGCUGCUGCCUGUUUGGAAAUUGCUGUACAAGAACCCAGCAAGUUGAGCAGCUUUGGAUGGUUUGCUGCAGGAUUAUGUGUCCCCGAGAUCAUGAAGGACAGGGAAGUGUCGUCGGUAUAUGACACGGGGAGGUUUGGAUUCCUCGGUGCUUGA